AUGGUGCUGCAUCGUGAAAGGAGGAAAGAAAAUCAAUCGGUCCUAUUUUCGACGUUAGGCUGCCGAGAGUUGUAUUCCCCGGUGAAGCAUUUGGUGUUCCUGAAUCUUCCUGCUGAACUGCCGUUCGAGAAGUUGAAAUCCCAAUUUCCGGACUACAUUCUCUCAGUGCAUCUUCAGGCCACUGAACGGGCUAAAGUCAACUCAAUGAUUAGAGCUGCCAACAUGCCGUGCCGUGAAUUCAUUCUUCAGUUCAAUAAACAGGCGUCAAAAUGCAACUAUGAUGAUCGAUUGGAAGAACAACUUUGUGAUCGUCUCACUGCUGGAAUCAACAACAGCUCAUUAAAGCGUAAGAUUUUGGAAAAGAAUGACAUCAAGUUUACUGAGGCUAAAAAAAUCGGUGUGCAAAGUGAUGAUUCGUGUACUGCCACAAAUGCGGAUAAUACUGUUUUAUUCUAUUGGAAAUCAACAAAACCAUUACUUGAUGCACUCAGUGUUCAUAAUUCACUUCUGGUUCCUCAAGUAUUCAGUUUAAGCCGAACACAACCAAAGGCUGCGAACAACCGCUGCUUUUAA